GUUGCUUGUGCAGGGUGAGCUCUUUGCCGACGGCAGAAGGAAAAAAAAAAUAUCGCUAGUACCUAGUUUUAUUCCUUAUUUUCUGCAUACUAAUUACCGAAAAAUAUUGUAGAUUAGUGCACGUUUUUAACCUGUUUUAUGUGGUUUCAUUAAAGUGCUUUUCAUCAGAAUGAUUCUACGCAAACGAAGGAGUAUGUUGCCCAUCAAUGUAAAGUGAUAAGUGUUACGUCUUGUUUUGAUUUUGGGUGGAGCAAUUUUUCCGACGACCGGCGAUGGAAUCCGGAAUUGCAGCAUUCGAUCCAAAUGACCUGAUAAGCUACUCUCCGGAGGAGUCGGAAGAUGAAGGAGAGCCUCCGCCGGAACCGAAAAUGUCGCCACCAGAAGCUGUUGCUCCGGUGCCAGAGAAGUCGAGUGAAGCAAGUACGGUUAUUGAUUUGGCCGCUAUUUCGGGAGAGGAAAUUCAACUGACAGUGCCAUCCGUAUCCGUUGGCACUAGUGCUCCUGGUCAGGUGCGGAAUCUUCUCGAUGGAGCUCGAUUCAAGUGCAAGUUUUGCCCGACUUACACUACGACGGCGGAAGAUUUCAUAAAACAUUUCAUUAUGCACUUUGGUCGAAACCGGAUAUCCUACAAGCAGAUGUCCCAGGAGGAAGCUCGUGCUUUACCGAAUGCUUGCGAAAAAUUCGUUUGCGGGAUUUGCGCUCGGUGCUUCGAGACACGAGAUGAAGUGAAAGAGCAUAUGAUCAAGGAUCAUGGGUUCAAGGAAGCAAAACCGAAGGAACCAGUGGAGGCACCUUCGGCGUCAGCUCCCGUAAAUUCUGGAGUGAAACGAAAGCUAGAUGAUGACUUUGUCGAUUCGCAAAAGCUUCAAUUGAGUGGAGAUUCGUCUGGUUCAUCCGGUGAAGAAACUGAGGGGAACAACUUGCCAUCGAAUAAAAAUUCUGUGGCCGUCGUUCCUCAAUCUACAGUAGCGGGAACUGCAAUAGCGAUCCCUGUGACAGCAGCCGUUACCAGUCCGUCUGCUCCGCCGUCAGUAGUCUGUGAUAAUGAAACGCCAAAACCCUCCUCCGGAAGUCAGCCUCCUUCGGCCGGAGCCCAACCUGUUGUGAGUUCAAGUGCAGUAGUACCAAUCUCUACAGUACCUCAGCCUGCGAACCCACCCGAAGGAGAUGAUGCCGAACUGAACGAGUAUCUCCAGCCAAUGACGCUAAAGACCCUGAAGCUAAAACUGCUUGCGGGACUGAAGCUGAAAUGUCCCCAAAAAGGUUGUGUCUACAAGUUCGAAACCCGAGCCAAACGGGACAUCCAUCUGAAGUGUCACAACGUGGAACCGGCGCUGAUUGGACCGGGUGGUCCUGUGCCUGGCCCAGGAGCGACAGCAACCACCGGUGGAACCGCAAAGGAGGAAAAGAAAGACAACUUCAAGUGCUACCAGUGUGCGUUGGAUUUUCCCCGCUGGAGAGAGUGCUGCCAGCAUCUAUGGAAACAGCAUCAGAUCGACGUCAAUAUGCUCAAGUGCCCGGUUUGCGACGUGCGAUUCGAGUUUGCAGUGAAAGUUUACCGCCACCUUCAAACGCAUCGCCCGGUCAAGGCGUACAGUUGUACGUCUUGUGGAAAAUCUUUUGCAACCCAAUCGCAGUUGUUGGUGCACGAGUCUCUGCACAAGAAGCAACAGUUGCAACGUGCCAAGCUGAAAACUGCUUCCGCUAAAGAAGCAGGCAAGGAUCCCGAAGCUAAAGCAGCUGAAGGCGAUAACGACGAGGGUAACGGUGACGAUGAAGCCGAGGAGGAACCCCAGGUGGACGGCGAAGGAAAACCGAAACCUAAAGUGGAAAAGUUGCCAUGGUAUGCCGAGCGGAAGUGCGACAUCUGCGGUCACAUGUUUGGGACGUCGAAAAUUUUAUCCAAACACAUAAAAACGGUUCACCACAAGAUCAAGCCCUUCAUCUGCAGCGUUUGCGGGUACAAGUCGGCGCGGAAAGUUACCUUGACGAUUCACAUGCGUCAACAUUCGGGUGCGAAGCCGCUGGAAUGCAAGGAAUGUCCUUUUAGGACGGCGGAUCCCAGUGCACUAAAACACCACGAGAAGCGUCAUACCAAGGACAAAUGGUACGAGUGCAAAUUCUGCGGCCUGCUUACCAUUCAAGCCAGCGGUCUCAAGGCUCACAUGAGGCUGAACCACCCGAAGGAGUUCGAAACGAUGAAGUGCGAUCUGUGUAACUUCACCUCGGUCAACCCGGAACUUUUGGCCCGGCACAAAAGUGACCACAAGGCCGGGCUGAUCAAGAGUGAGGAUUCGCACGAUUCGGUUUCGUCCAAGCGGUCCAAGAACGCUCCGGAAAGUUCGUCGGAUUGCUUCCUGCCGAUCGAGAGCACCGACUCGGUGGUGCACGAUGCCGGUGGGUUCACCAUUCCGGCUGUGAUCAACGCACCGGUUGCACACUCGGAGGAAACGCAGUUUCCCACUUGAUAAGGUUAGUGAGUUGGUUGCGGCUUUAGGACAUCAAAUUCAAACGAUUUCGAAUGCGAACAUGUUUCUCUAUAGGUCUACAACACCCAACAAUCUAUAUCUAUAAAUGCAUGUUUAGCUUUUGCCACGGCACUGUUCAUAAACUACGUUUCAGAAUAGGACAAAAUUGUGAAAGUUUGUGAUCUUAAGAGAUUACUUAGUCUAUGAAUGGGCCCUGCAUAGCAAUCGGUCACAAGCACUCGAUUAUGUACUGACCUGCAUAUUCAUGUUAUGCGUGCUUUGUGUAAAUCGACUGCUUCUAAAGCGACAUCUAUGUAUCGUGUAUUUUAUUUAGUUAGAUUAUUUAAAAUUGUGACACAAUAUUGUAUAGCUGUUUAACACUUAUAAUAUCGUCUGAAGCGCUUGCUUAAAGUAUGAAACAUACAAAA